GAGCCGUUACAUUUCAAAAGCGGUUCCCGUUGGAGAGAGUACUCUGCAAGUUUGUGGCCUUUGACCUAUACGGCUGACCGUGAGCUUCGUAGGUAGCAGGAUGAGGGUUUCUGUAAUGUGGAAGAGAACGAGAUUGAGCUCAAGAUGUAAGCUUCGCUGGUUCUUCUCUUCAGCUCGACCUACUCGUAUCGAAGACGAGGGUGAUUGGUUUUAUGCUUCCGAAUGGUGGGGGACAGACUCAGAUGGACAUACCGUCCUUCGGUCCAAUUCCGACAGAGGAAAUGGUGUCGUGUCUGUUGUUGCGUAUCCUUCUUCCAGACCGGGUGCAGUUUACUGGCCAGAGACUGAACAAUGGCUUCGGCAAAGGUAUGCGCAGGUACACCCAGAGCAUGAAAACAAUGGACAGUUUACAAUUCUCGGUUAUCAAUGGCGUGUUCUUCGCUUUAAUGACACCACUCGCCAAAGCACUGUUAAAAUAAUGGCUGCAUGCAGGAAAUCAGACCCUGCCUCUGUCUACUUAAUGCCACAGGCACAUUGUUUGGCUGUUCCAUAUUUGAAAAGUAUGGUUUCAGUUGGGUUGGCUACCUUAGCAUCUUGCAAUUAUAAUCUGAUGAGUGCUAUCAAUGGAAAGAAAUCUAUGCGCAUCCUGUGUGUAGGUCAUGGUGGAGGAAGUCUACCUUUAUUUUUGGCUAGUAAAAUUCUAGGGGCAGUUGUAGACAUCGUCGAAAUUGAUCCUCUUGUUAUCUCAACCUCAAUACAGGCAAUGGGUUUCCCAGCUUUUGCAAGGAUGAAACCAUCAGGUGAACGUGCACUUCCAAAACCAACAUUCACUGAUCAGGUGCUCUGGAAAGGAGUCCAUGAGAGGCUCUUCCUCUAUGAAUCAGAUGCAGAGAAGUUCAUUGUUAACAACUCCAAUCUUUAUGACCUUGCCUUUAUUGAUGCUUAUGAUGGUGAUGACACCUUUCCCCAUAAGCUUUGGGACCCACAUUCCCUGUUUCUUGAAGCCCUUAAGAGCCGGCUCCAUCCUGAGCAUGGCACCGUUGUGGUGAACCUCCAUGCAGAUUCUGACAUCAUGAACCCAGACGGUAGUAGUCCUUUAUUUGAGCAGCUUUUUCCAAUGGGGAAGUAUGUUUCGCAAGUCUGCCGGGCAUACAAGGAUGUGUUGACGGAUAAGGGUUGCUCGGGGUUGGGUUUCAUUGUUUCAGCCCCUUGGGUCUGCAACCAAUCUCUUGUUGUGUGUCGAAGUUUGGGGAUGGAUGUUGUCUCAGACACAAAUUUAGUUCUGAACACUCUCACAUCCAAAUGCCUUGAAUUGGAAAAUGCUCUCAACUUGCCAUUCUCAUGUGUACAAUACAUAAAGAGAGGAUUUGCUCUGGUUAAUUAAUUAUCAAAUACGUUAUACACAAGGAUCUCAUAUACAAAAUUUGGGAGCCUUUGAUGUUCCCUGCAGGUUUGCACCAAAUUUUAACAUAAGUUUUGGCUCAGCAAUCAUAGAUCUCCUCCAUUUUUUUUUCGGACAAGAAGCUUCCUAUGGUGAGGUGUAUGUUUCUGGUUUUUGUAGUUUUUCCAAUUUUAUCACAUCAUUGCGCCAUCCAUGAGGUAGAAGCUUAGAGUUUCUUCGCGGGUAGAGAAGCUUAGUUGAGAGUGUGUGUACAAGGGGUAUUCAAAGUGGGAGAGGGCUUGAGGCAAAGCCGAACCAUGUAAAUCUUUGUGUUUAUUAUUGCUUUGAUUAUUUUGAAGAUUAUUUCCCAAGUCUGGAAUAACUCAUUCUUACAUUUGGAAAUAUCUUCACCCCUAAAGAAGAGAGAUUUUUUGGAAGACA